GGGAAAAAAAACUUCACCUAGAGGAACUCAAUACGUCAGUAUCAAAGAUUAUAUUGCCCAUUAGGGUUGUUGUCACUUCAGCAGAAUCCAAAAUGAUAAAAAAAAGAAAGGAAGAUAAGAAAAUACCUUAUCUAGAGAAACCUGAAAUGUCAAUAUUCAUGACUACUUAUCCAUCAGAGUUUUCACCUUCA